UGCGGAGGCGUUGGUCAGAAGGAAUGCAGCACAGCAUGAAGCGCGCGCAUAUAGAGAGUAACCGGAUAAGCCAUCGACAUGGACCACAAGAACGUGGGACUACCAGGGCCAGCCGCUCUAGAGACCUGGCAAGUGAGUGAAUGCCCGUCUUGCAGCAAGGGGGGUGUUAUAUUGCCACCAAAAGGACAAGUGAUUGCCAGGCUGUUCCAAUGGCUUGCUGUCUUCCUGACAGCUACUCAUGUUUUCACUCCCCUCUGAGCGAUUUGACCUACCCGUCUUGAUCAAGAGACCUCUGCGUGACAGCGAGCUGGAUCGCACUGAUGCUCGUGACGGGGAAUUAUCCGCCCGUCAUAGCAGCCAGGAUGCAGGCAGCGGCAGCUCAGGGAUAUUAAGUCACGUUGAAUAUGAUGAGUUGAUGUACUUUCAAAGUUGUGCAUGUAUAUGAAGCAGAGCAUACUGCUUGUACCAAUAGGGAUCGCAUGCCAACUUGAUCCCAGUUGUAGAUGGCAACCAUGUGGGCCUAUUUUUUGCGGUCAAUACAGUUGUGCAGCCGGUGCAGCUUCGCUACAUGUGGCGGGAGCAUUGCAAGGACAUGGCGCAUUGUAAAGCCCUUGCUUGAAGUCAUGCAUGCAGCGCUGUUUAGUUUAAUCAAUACUCAUGGAAGGGUACUGAUCAGGAACUGCAGUGUAUAUUUGAAAUCUUGCGAUGACACUAUCU